AACAAAAAGAAAAAAGAAACAUGGGGAGUCUGUAUCUUUAUUGUAUCAAUUGAUCUGGAUGAAAUGACAUUCACUUUCACAGAGCUUCUGAAAAGUAUAAGCAUAAGUGUAUGCACAUUUUUUCAGUUUCUGAAAGAAGUGGAUGUUAACAUGGAUACUGUAAGCACUAAAGUUGAUAGCACUGUAUCAAGGCUGAAAAAGAAAUAUGAUGUAUUACUUGCACUAUACCACAAGUUUGAAAGGACUUGUGGCCUUAUUUAUCUGGAACAACCUAGUAGUGAGAUUUCUGCUGAACUCAGUUCUGUAUUAGUCCUAAAAAAUUACUGGAUUACUUUUUUGCUGGCAAAAGGUAAAGUGUUGCAAGUGGAAGAUGAUCUGGUGAUUUCUUUCCAGUUGUUGCUGUGUGUCUUAGAUUAUUUUAUCAAACUGUCACCUCCUGCUAUGCUCAAGGAACCAUACAAGUCUGCUGUGACUGCAGUGGCUGUUAAUGGUUCAGCUCGAACUCCAAGAAGAGGUCAGAACAGGAGUACCCGUACUUCAAAGCAAAUUGAUACCGAUACAAAAGUUAUUGAAGUCCUUUGUAAAGAGCAUGAUUGUAAUUUAGAUGAGGUCAAAAAUGUGUAUUUCACAAGCUUUAUUCCUUUCUUGAAUACUAUUGGUAUUGCAGCUUCAAAUGGACUACCAGAGGUUGAGGUUCUCUCGAAACAGUAUGAUGAACUCUAUCUCAAAAACAAAGAUAUAGAUGCAAGGUUAUUUCUGGAUCAUGAUGAAACUCUGCAGCCUGAUGUCAUAGCAUGCUCACAGUUGGAGAGGACACCAGUAAAAACCCAUCCAGAUGAGGAACUUAAUGUUAUACUUCCACAGACUCCUGUUCGAGCUGCAAUGAAUAACAUUCAGCAACUGAUUAUGAUUUUGAACUCUGCAACUGAUACACCAUCAGAUACUCUCAUCAUGUAUUUCAAUAAUUGCACAGUGAACCCUAAGGAUAGUAUCCUGAAAAGAGUGGAAACUCUUGCCCACAUCUUCAAAAAGAAAUUUGCUGAAGCGGUUGGACAGGGAUGUGCUGAAAUUGGCUCACAGAGAUACAAGCUUGGAGUACGUCUGUAUUACAGAGUAAUGGAGUCUAUGCUAAAGUCGGAGGAAGAGCGCCUCUCAGUCCAGAAUUUCAGCAAACUUCUGAAUGAUAACAUCUUCCACACAUCUCUUCUGGCAUGUGCUGUUGAAGUUGUCAUGGCUACAUAUGGCAGAAAUGCUUCACAAAGUGAUGGUACCAGUGCGGAAACAGACUUAUCUUUCCCAUGGAUUCUUAAUGUAUUCGAUUUAAAAGCUUUUGACUUCUACAAAGUGAUUGAAAGCUUUAUUAAAGCGGAGCCAAGCCUAACAAGGGAAAUGAUAAAGCAUCUAGAACGCUGUGAACAUCGAAUUAUGGAGUCUCUCGCUUGGCAGUCUUCACUGUUGUGGUUUCUGUUCACCGGGAGGUCGUACUGUUACCAGCGUGGCAGCAGCAGCGGAGAAUGUGUCACCGUGUCUCUGGAAAUAGAUUUUCGGCUGUAA